AACUUAGGGACCCAAACAUAGCAGAAAUGUUUAAGGCAAAUGUAGGGGGCAAGUUCGCUGCACUUACCUUGAUUCACGACAAUAUCGAUUCACUCACUGAAACCAUUAAAACAGUGCUGCAUGAAUCAGCAACAGAAGUUCUGGGUAACAAAAGAAAGAAAAUCAAACCAUGGGUCACAGACGAUAUUUUAAACCUGUGUGAUACAAGAAGAGAACUAAAAAAGAAGAAAGGACUUAAUUCCCAGUACAGGGAAGAGUAUAGAACAGUAGACAAAGAAAUACGCUCCAAAAUGAAGAGGGCAAAAGAGGGCUGGAUUACUGAACAAUGUAAUAUCAUCGAUAAUAGCUUAAGGGGAGGCAACAAUAAAAAAGCAUUCGAAACACUGAGUAAGCUGACCAAUACGAAACUAAAUAGAGCAACCGUAAUUGAGGAUGGUAAAGGCACCCUCUUAACAGAAGAAGCAGAUAUCCUUAGAAGGUGGACAGAAUACUGUAAGGGACUCUACAAUCAUAAAAUAAGCCCCAAUUAUAGCCUAAUAAACAAUUCAUGCUGGGACAAUAGGGAGAUCGGUGAUUCACCCAUACUAGAGUCAGAAGUAGAGGAAGCAAUAAAAUCACUUAAGGGAGAUAAAUCACCAGGAAUUGACAACAUACCGGCAGAACUAAUUAAACAUGGUGGACCACAAACAGUUAAAUGGCUGAAAGCAGCCUGCCAAAAAAUCUGGCAA